AUGUGGAAUGCCAUGUGGUUGAGUGCCAGUGAGGCAAAGCGGUGCAGUGCUUCUCCUCGCAAGAGUAGUGAGGCGAGAGUGAGAGGAACGUCGGUCCUGGUGGCAGGCUUGACAUCUCUUGGCCUGCAGCUCCCCUCGAGACCAAGCGUUCGGCUGUCAAUGCGAAUCACUGGGACGGCCAACGGGAUAUGGACAGCCGGCGCUGCUGUGUUGGCUCUCAGAGAUCUGGGCACUAUACCAUGUCUCCUGUACCAGCAGAUAAAGACAAGGGAUAGCACGCAUAACACGAGGCAAGCCGACUACCGCCAUGCUUGUACAUGCCUCGGCGGGGUCGUCCAGUCUCUGGGCAGAAUCUGCGAGGCGUGUACUGGUACCCAAACGCAACUUCAUGUGCCCCCGUCUGAGCGGUGCCUCAGUGAAUAUCACCUCGGCUGGGCUGAGACGUGCAUGCUUGGACAGGCACUCAAGAAGGCCAUGACGGCUGUCAUCGACGGCUUGCCGACGGCUCGAGACGACCACAAAUCAGGUCCAUCACUGGCUGUCGACGAUGCAUGCUGCAGGGCGCUAUCGAUGUGCCACCAGUCAGCCUGA